ACAGUGCGUUUUAUCCUUCCCUUUUCCCGUUUUUUGAACAAUCGUUGGAGUAGUGAGUUAGACGUCCUUACAACCUUAUCGAGUGAAAUAAUCGCGCUUCAAACAUUAAGGUAGGUGAGAAAAAUACUUUUUUUUUACUUUCUAAAUAAAUAGUUAGCGCUUACGGUACUUCAGAACGGCAUUCGGAGUAAUAAAGGACGCGUCCGACAAUCUCGUUCUAGCGAUCGACUUUUUUCAGUCGAUCAACUUUGAGCGUGUUAAUGCUUUGGGUGACGCCAUUCGCGCCGCCUCCACUGCACAACACUUCAUCGCCGUUGUGCAAGAAUACGCUGACGUAUACGCGUCGUUAAAUACGUACGUCCUCCCCUCACUCCGCCGGUAAUAAAUGGCGUACAUAAGUAGAAUAAAGCCCCUAUCCGUAACGAUAGGAUUUUUUAACGCUUACGGUCUCGCAAAUCAACGUGAUCAGGUUUGUGAUUUUUUGCGUGACCAUCAAAUUGACAUCUUUUUGGUGCAGGAGACCCUGCUUAAGCCCGCGCGCCGCGAUCCUAAUAUCGCGAACUAUAACAUGGUUAGGAACGACAGGCUCACUGCUCGUGGUGGUGGUACCGUCAUUUACUAUAGACGAGCCCUGCACUGCGUCCCACUCGACCCCCCCGCGCUUUCUAACAUCGAAGCAUCAGUAUGCCGAAUCUCACUGACUGGACACGCGCCGAUCGUUAUCGCGUCCGUUUAUCUUCCACCGGAUAAGAUCGUUCUAAGCAGUGAUAUCGAGGCGCUGCUCGGCAUGGGAAGCUCUGUCAUUCUGGCGGGCGACCUUAAUUGUAAACACGUCAGGUGGAACUCGCACACCACAACCCCGAAUGGCAGGCGGCUUGACGCGUUAGUCGAUGAUCUCGCCUUCGAUAUCGUCGCUCCGCUAACCCCGACUCACUACCCGCUAAAUAUCGCGCAUCGCCCGGAUAUACUCGACAUAGCGUUAUUAAAAAACGUAACUCUGCGCUUACACUCGAUCGAAGUAGUUUCAGAGUUAGAUUCAGACCAUCGUCCCGUCGUUAUGAAGCUCGGUCGCGCUCCCGAUUCCGUUCCCGUCACGAGGACUGGUGGAUUGGCACACGCUGGGCAUCAGCCUGGCUGAAUCUGAUCCACCAUCGCUCCCGUUUAGCCCGGACUCUACUCCGUCUCCUCAGGAUACCGCUGAAGCCAUAUACAUCUUAACGUCACACAUCACCUCUACAUUAGAUAGGUCAUCGAAGCAAGUUGUAGCGGAGGACUUCCUUCACCGCUUCAAAUUGCCCGACGAUAUUAGGGAACUCCUUAGAGCUAAGAACGCCUCGAUCCGCGCCUACGAUAGGUAUCCUACCGUGGAUAAUCGUACUCGAAUGUGUGCCCUACAGCGCGACGUAAAGUCUCGCAUCGCCGCCGCGCCGAAGUCCGAGAUGCCAGAUGGUCUGAUUUCUUAGAAAGACUCGCGCCCUCCCAAAGGUCUUACUACCGCUUAGCUCGUACUCUCAAAUCGGAUACGGUAGUAAAUAUGCCCCCCCUCGUAGGCCCCUCAGGCCAACUCGCGGCGUUCGAUGAUGAUGAAAAAGCAGAGCUGCUGGCCGAUACACUGCAAACCCAGUGCACGCCCAGCACUCAAUCCAUGGACCCUGUUCAUGUAGAAUUAGUAGACAGUGAGGUAGAACGCAGAGCCUCCUUGCCACCCUCGGAUGCGUUACCACCCGUCACCCCGAUGGAAGUUAAAGACUUGAUCAAAGACCUACGUCCUCGCAAGGCUCCCGGUUCCGACGGUAUAUCCAACCGCGUUAUUAAACUUCUACCCGUCCAACUCAUCGUGAUGUUGGCAUCUAUUUUCAAUGCCGCUAUGGCGAACUGUAUCUUUCCCGCGGUGUGGAAAGAAGCGGACGUUAUCGGCAUACAUAAACCCGGUAAACCAAAAAAUCAUCCGACGAGCUACCGCCCGAUUAGCCUCCUUAUGUCUCUAGGCAAACUGUAUGAGCGUCUGCUCUACAAACGCCUCAGAGACUUCGUCUCAUCCAAGGGCAUUCUCAUCGAUGAACAAUUCGGAUUCCGUAUAAAUCACUCAUGCGUUCAACAGGUGCACCGCCUCACGGAGCACAUUCUUGUGGGGCUUAAUCGACCAAAACCGUUAUACACGGGAGCUCUCUUCUUCGACGUCGCAAAAGCGUUCGACAAAGUCUGGCACAAUGGUUUGAUUUUCAAACUAUUCAACAUGGGCGUGCCGGAUAGUCUCGUGCUCAUCAUACGGGACUUCUUGUCGAACCGCUCUUUUCGAUAUCGAGUCGAGGGAACCCGCUCCUCCCCACGAACUCUCAUAGCUGGAGUCCCGCAAGGCUCUGUCCUCUCACCCCUCCUAUUUAGCUUAUUCGUCAACGAUAUUCCCCGGUCGCCGCCGACCCAUUUAGCUUUAUUCGCCGACGACACGACUGUUUACUAUUCUAGUAGAAAUAAGUCCCUAAUCGCGAAGAAGCUUCAGAGCGCAGCCCUAGCCCUAGGACAGUGGUUCCGAAAAUGGCGCAUAGACAUCAACCCAUCGAAAAGUACUGCGGUGCUAUUUCAGAGGGGAAGCUCCACACGGAUUUCCUCCCGGAUUAGGAGGAGGAAUCUCACACCCCCGAUUACUCUCUUUAGACAACCCAUACCCUGGGCCAGGAAGGUCAAGUACCUGGGCGUUACCCUGGAUGCAUCGAUGACAUUCCGCCCGCAUAUAAAAUCAGUCCGUGACCGUGCCGCGUUUAUUCUCGGUAGACUCUACCCCAUGAUCUGUAAGCGGAGUAAAAUGUCCCUUCGGAACAAGGUGACACUUUACAAAACUUGCAUAAGGCCCGUCAUGGCUUACGCGAGUGUGGUGUUCGCUCACGCGGCCCGCACACACAUAGACACCCUCCAAUCCCUACAAUCCCGCUUUUGUAGGUUAGCUGUCGGGGCUCCGUGGUUCGUGAGGAACGUUGACCUACACGACGACCUGGGCCUCGAAUUAAUUCGGAAAUACAACCACUCCACCUCUUCAAACGAUUAAGAACUGGGUUGCUAAGUUCGAGGAGACCGGUUCGACGUUAGAUAAACCGCGGUUGGGUCGCCCAAGGACGUCACGUACGGAACAAAACAUAGACACAGUGACACAGUCUAUUCGCGAAAAUCCGACACAGUCAACUCGUAAGCGCGCCAGAGCAUUAAACGUAUCCAGGACAUCGUUACAACGGAUUUUGAAGAAAGAUUUACAUAUGCACCCUUACAAAAUUCAGUUGGUUCAAGAAUUAAAGGAAACUGACGGUAUUCAAAGACAAAAUUAUGCGAAUGAAAUGUUGAAUCGGUUUACUUCCUUCAAUAACAUAAUGUUCUCUGACGAGGCUCAUUUCCAUCUUAACGGGCAUGUUAGUAAACAAAAUUGCCGCUAUUGGAGCCCCAUCAAUCCAAAACUUAAGCAUCAGAAGCCCUUACAUAGUCCGAAAGUGACUGUUUGGGCCGCUAUGUCAGCCCAUGGUAUCCUAGGGCCUUACUUCUUUGAGGAUGGCAGAGGGCGCGCAGUUACUGUUACGUCGGAGCGAUAUGUGGCUAUGAUCGAAGAGUUUUUCAUACCAGAAUUGCAAAACUUUUCAGGUUUAAUGCCAGGACGUGGUUUCAACAGGAUGGGGCCACUUCUCACACCUCUAACACUGCUAUGCCCGUUAUCCGUCAACUUUUUCCUGGCAAAGUUAUCUCUAAGAGAGGAGACAUUUCCUGGCCUCCACGUAGUCCAGAUCUGACCCCGAUGGAUUUUUUUUUGUGGGGCUACCUUAAGGCUAAAGUAUACGACACAAACCCGCGGUCAAUUGAGGCCCUAAAAGAAAACAUCCGCAGAGAAAUGACAAGCAUUUCAGCAGUGACGUGCCGCGCAGUCAUCGACAAUUUUAGACGUCGUUUGCAAGAGUGCCGUGAUCGCAACGGAUUACAUUUAGGAGAUGUUAUUUUCAAAAAAUAAUUCCCGUUUUUUAAGCUUUUUAUGUAAAUAAAAAUUUAAUUCAUAAUGUAAUUAGUUUUAUUUAAAUAAAUUUUUUUCAUAUCAAAGGACUUGUGGGCCACCCUGUACAUGAAGUCAGCGUCGGAACGAUACUUCGAUAAGGCUAUGCGUCAUGAUAAUCGCCUUAUCGUUGCCGCCGCUGACUACUCCCCGAAUCCUGAUCAUGCAGGAGCCAGUCACCGUCGACGCCCUAGACACGUCCUUACGGAUCCAUCAGAUCCAAUAACCGUUGCAUUAGAUGCCUUCAGCUCUAAUACUAGGGGCAGGCUUAGGGACCCCGGUAACCGUACUCGUCGAACUCGACAAAGAGGUCGACGUGCAACCUAACCCAUGCAUCAGCCCGCUGAGUUUCUCGCCGGAUCUUCUCAGCGGGUCGCGAUUCCGAUCCGAUAGUAGAUUCAUUCGCGAAACAAUUGCUCUUGAGUUGUUAGGUCUCCUUCGGAGGCGCUCGGGCAGUUGUUAGCAAAUCCCGCCCUUCUUGGCUGAGCCUUUGCUCGCCCACUUGUCCUGGUGAAACUGGAAAGGCCUUCGGGCCACCAGUAAACUUUCAAUCAUAAAAAAAAAAGGAAUAACAUAAAAUCUGUACAUACAUUUUUGUAAUGAGAGAUAACUAAUUUUUGGUAGGUAUCCAUAUUAUUAUCUUAUUGAAUGGAUUUUUUUUUUCUGAGGAAUUUAAUGAAUUGUUAGGAUUAAUAAAUAUGUAUUAAUUUCUCAAUCUAAAAUGAAACAGGGUUAUAGUGAAGUGCAUUUGAUACGAAUGUUGCUUGUAAUACAGUUCAGCCAAAUAAGAGGAACAAAUUGACUUCUACGGUGAAGGAAUAGCAUCGUGCAAUAAAAAUCAAACCCGCAAAAUUAUAAUUUGCGUAAUUACUGGUGGUAGGACCUCUUGUGAGUCCGCACGGGUAGGUACCACCGCCCCGCCUAUUUCUGCCGUGAAGCAGUAAUGCGUUUCGGUUUGAAGGGUGGGGCAGCCGUUGUGACUAUACUGAGACCUUGGAACUAUAUCUCAAGGUGUGUGGCGCAAUUUACGUUGUAGAUGUCUAUGGGCUCCAGUAACCACUUAACAUCAGGUGGGCUGUGAGCUCGUCCACACAUCUAAGCAAUAAAAAAAGAAGAAGAUUAAAACAAGUAUUACCAUAGUGCUCCAAAUAAUAUCUAAACGUAACUAAUCGAACUAACUAGCCUCUAGAAAUACAGCAUGCAAUAGACUAGGUAAGUGUUGAGAGGUGGUGGUAUUGUUCGAUGCAGUCGGUAUCGUUAGACAGUAGUGCAAAGAUGUGGCGGUGGUUGGUAUUAUGGCAAGCUUCGGUGUUACUUGUCGGCGGAACCCUUGACUUUGGCUACUUCACGCAGAAACGGCUUUUUACGCAACCUACAGAGGUACAUUUUAAUUUAGUUGUUUAAUAGCAUUUCUGCGAAAUUUGGGCUAUUCGAUCGGCGAACUGCUGUUUUUCGAUGCUUCACUCAAACUUAAAUUUAUUAAAUUAAUUUUAAAACGAAUAUAGUUAUUCGAUUUUCAGAAAUCGUUUUUUUUUUGUGUAAAUUUACGAACAUUGAAUUUAUCCAAGAUAUUAUUAGUUAAAGACUUAAUCAGAAUUUAUCUGAUUUUAUAUAUAGAGUGAUGCAUUAGAAUAUAGAGUAUACUUUCCUGUUCCCUAAAAUUAAACAUUACUUAGGAAAACUACUAACUAAUGUUGAACAAAAUGAGAAUUUUUAAGGCUUAAUAGCAAGAAAGUCUUAAGUGGAAAAGAGAAAUGUUACUUAUUAUAUUUGUGCGUGUUUAAUAGUAAGUUAGUGUCCAUAUAGAUAACGUGCUAACUUACGGGUUUAAUUACUAAUGAUGAACGAAUAUCACGCUUCCAAUAGCGUCGUAAUUACAAGACCGACAUGAUAUAUUGUUUUUAUUGACAAUUAGAUAAGUUGGGAAAUAAGCGAUUUUUACUACUGGUCAUGAAAAUUAUAGUUAGAAAAAAUAUUGUUAAUGGUAUUAUGAAAAACCACUACUACUAUCACUAGGUGGGCCGGAAGUUCCUCUGUGUUGAUCUACAGUAUUCCAAAGAUCCUUUUGGCCCUGGAAUUAGUUCUCGUGUUUUUUGAACGCUAUGACAUGUCUUUAAACAAGGUUUGAAGAGAGUGAUUGCUGAUGUAUAUGAGCGAUUGUGAUCACUCACCAUCAGACGGGUCGCGUGCUCCUCUGCCUACGAUGACAAAAAAUAUAACACUUAUUUUCUAUUUGUGAAACAUUGCUAUCUGAUCUACUGUCCAACUAUCACAUUAAUUUGUUGAAACUACAUGUGCGUCAUCUGUGGUUUGAUACUGAGCGGUGCUAUGACAGAGAGCUUCGCUGAAUACCCAAAAACAAUGCAAUGUUUGACCAGAUAAAAUAAAACGGUAGAUUUGUAUAAAAAUAUUCAAAGAUGUUAUGGAUUUUGCGUAAAAUCCUGUUUCCGAGUUUCUGUCGCCUAUGUUUUCUGUUUUGUCACUUAAUUACACGACAUGCAACAUUUACUUGUGUAAUUACCAAAGCGUGUAAAUAUAGAUACAUACACCUGAGAGCAGUUACCGAUAACUUGUGCACACGAACGCAUUGCUUACUUUUAAACUGAGUUACUAAGUCUCCUUAAUGGGAAUUCUAUUGCCUUUUCGCAUUGAUGUGAUUUGCUGAUGGGUUUUGUUACAGGUAAACUGUGCAGGAUACUCCAAAUUUAAUAUCGAUCACUUUCCUGAUCUAAUACACGCAGGUUGGCGCAGAAGUACUGAUUUAGGUGAAAAAAUGUUACAACAGCCUUCGUUAACGAAAAAAAUUUCUCGUAGAUAUAAUGAUCUUUUACCGCCGAGCGCUGAUGACAUUGUGAAAGAACAUGCUAAAUUAGUGCAGGAUAUUAACAGCUUGAAACAAGUCGUAUUUAUUGCACCAUUUCCCGAUGAUAACAGGGAUUAUGAUGAUUCCGUAUUUCAUGAAAUCAUUGAAACGACUUCUACUGUUAGACCCACAUCAACUAAACGUCCAAGAAGGCCAAUGAGACAUAGUUCUAUACCUAUUAUCUACCUAGGAGGCGCCAGUCAAAGUCACGUAGUAAAAAGUUCUCCAUUAGAGUUUCCAAGGCCCACUAUAAGUCUCAUAGGGACGACAUCAUCGCCAGCUUUACAUCCCUAUCCGUUCGUGAUGAAACCGCGAAAACCGUUUAAAUUUUGUAUACCCCCUGUACCUUUAAUUUAUACCACAACCACCCGACGGCCUUCAUUUUGGGAACGAUUCUUCAAAUCGAUAAUACCUAAAUAAAUUUGAUAUAUUAGUAAUAAUUUGUAACUGAAAAUAAGUAUGCUCGAAACCCUAGAUAAUAAAAAAAAAAUGGUGGACUCCGAUUUUCCUCUUUUUGUUCAGUUAUUAAAUUUGUAUAAAUAGUGGAUUGAUAACUGUCUACUGUCUGUUAUGAUUUAAUUUAUUUUAAGCUACAUACUUGUAUCAAAUUACUACACUAAAUUAAAAAAAAACCAUAUAAUUAAUAAACUUAGAAACCACAUAAUAAAAUUUUUGUUAAAGUUUUAGGGCAGACAGUAUUGACAAAUAAGUAUUAAAUUGUAGUAAUAAGGUGUAUGUAUUUUGUAUUUAAAUUAAAAGCUUGUUAUAAUUAAACAAA